ACGGCUGUCAAAUUGAAUCGAAACAGCAUAGAAAACCCUGAUACUAGAAGUGAGCAUAGCAUUUCCACGCUCUAAACGCAUCGGUUUAUUCCUUCCCUAAACAUAAUUUUAAUUUCGACUCGAUAGUUCCUGUUCAGUGAGUCAGCACUUGCCGCUCCCGCUUUUCAAAUCAAGCUCCUUUUAGGGUUUUGGUGAAAAUGGAGCCUGUAGCUUCAGUAGUAGACAAAAUCAAAGGCGUCGCAAAAUCAGGCCAAGACUUCGUCGACGGCCUCCUUCGCCGCCGCGAGAAUUCUUCUCGCCGCAAUCCGGUAACAGCAAGCUGUAUGAUGGAGCUUUACAUCUCUUGCCAUUUUAUUAUUUACAGAUUGAGAUACUGAAACGGCUGCAACGAGAAGCGUUUUCAGAUCUAAUGAAGCUAAGAGACAGGCAGGAUAAGGUUGAGAGAGUGCUUUCCUUUUAUAAAACAUUUAAAGGGAGUCCUUUUCAAGAAAACAGUACACUUGUGAGGGGAGAGGUUGAUGUUUCGGGAGCGAUAUUGAUGGUGGGUGAUAUUGAUCAGGAGCAUUGUGAUGCUGUUGGUAGAGCAGGAAUAAAAACUGGGAUUAGUUCAAGGUUAAGUUUUGAAACAAUUGUUCGGCACAAGGAUUCUCUUUUGGCAGAGUUUGUGGCUAGUCAAAAAGGCAUAGUAGAGAUUGGUGGUGUCUCGGAAGGUGCACUUACUCUAGCCAAAGUGUCGUACACGGCAAAUGUUAAUGACUGGUUUUCUGCUAUUGUAAUCCCAGUAGGAGCUCAAUUUAGAGAUCUUGAUAUGACUGCAAGCUCUUCCAAUCAGAGACAUGGUGUUACCGAUCUUUCAUCUGUUGGACCACCACUUUUGAAUCAGCCCAAUGACGCGGCAAUUGGCUUAACAGUGAGGAAAUCAAAUGUUAUCGCUAUGAUGGCUCAGUCUGUUUCUGGACUGCGAAGGCAGCCAUUUUUUGAUGGAAUUGGUCAUGACUUCGGCACUUUUGGCCAAAUUGUUUGUCAACUUCCAAAAGGAAUAAAAUUCUCACUUAUGGGUCUGCAGCAAGUCGCGAAAUCAUCUAGUCAUAAUCUCGGAGCCCUUGCCAUUCCUGUUGGCUUUCUGAAACAUCACGAAUCUCCUGAAAUAUCGUUCCAAGACUCUGCACUACCUGUGGGAGCAAGCAGCCAAGAGAUCACAUCAAGAACUGGAUAUAUAGCUCUAAAGUUGGAGUCGGAACUUGAUGAGAGUACUAGAAUUGGGGGUUGGAUUGAGAUGAAAAACUCAAAUCCCAAGCAUUUACAAUGGGCUUUAAAUGCAUUUGAUGACGCGGAAGAUGAAUUUGGAUGGGGUCUGUGCCUCAGCGGGGUUUUUGUAGAUCCUACCAACCAUGGUCGUUUGCAAGCCGAAUCAUAUGUAAAAUUGAAUAUAGGGAAGAAGUUCUGCUUGAAACCAGGCAUUACAUAUUCCAGGGAUGGUAAUGCCAAAAUAUUAGCUCUUAUGCUUAGAUCCAACUGGUCCUUCUGAUGACCAGGGGCUAUCUUUUUCACAGCAACAUGAAAGGCUCCCUUUUUCGGGGACGUGGUAUCUUCUCUUCAA